AUGGCGCCGAAAACACAAGCGCUAUCACCAUUCCGAGUACUCCUGCCACAACAACACGCUGGCCGGCGCAUGUCCCCAUGCGAGGAAGCCGACUGGACGUCACGCCGCGACACGCGAUCCGAACCCAGCCUUGUCCGUGCGCCAGGCACGCUGCGACACGCUGCCGCCGCGCGCGCUGUCGCCAAGCACCGCGUCCUGCACACGGCAGGCCCCGCUGCGCUUUCCCAGCGUGAGAAAGGCACUCUGGCGACGACGACGGUCCAUAUCGUUUUACACGAGUGGUUGUGUUACGUAACCACGUCGACGUCUCCUGGUCGCGUAUUCUCCGCUCCCUUGUCAGCCGUGUACUGCUCAACUUGCUAUCCCGGCAGGUCCCCCCUUAGGCUUGCCCCCCCGCGUCGCGCCACUAAUUUCUGCACCCACUGGCCGCUCAUACGGCCCUGCGUUGCAGCGUUCAUAGUGCCUUCCGAAAAAAAAAACCCUAGAAAUUCCGAUGUAAUGCCUGGACCGCAGUCCGAUCUCUCUGGGAUGCGGUGGUGCAUCCAAUAUGAAACGCCGAGGCUCGAUCGCGUAUCCGAAAUCUCCCCACGCCGAUACAUUUCUUCUGGAGGAAAGCCAUUAAAGCCCGGAGUGCCCAGGCCCUUCGCGCACAACACGCAACACGCAGCGCGCGAUAUGAAGAUGUGGACUUUGAGGUUGGGAUGUUCACGCAGCGCGUACCGAGCGAUCUAA